UCAUCCACAGUUAAUCAUUAGAAGACAGCACGUGACGUGUCAGGUCCCAACAAAAUACUACUAGUAAACAAAAACAUAGCUCCUUCAUGGUCAAAAUCAGACAAAAAAAUGUCCCCGACUCAUCCUAAUUUCUCCAUCUUCACCAUCUCAAUCUCCCUUCUCACCACAUUAAUCCUAAUCAGUAACAGCGGCUCAUCGGCAUCCGAUCCGAACAGUUACAGCAGACCGACAGAUCUAGUAAACAAAGUUUGCAAGCAAACUCGGAGUUACAGCUCGUGCGUGCAUUCUCUCUACUCAGACUCCCGCACUUCAGAAGCCGAUGAGUACACCCUCGCCUAUGUUGCAGUAGGAUUAGCGUACGCGAACGCCUCCUCCACUCGAAGCCGCAUCUCGCAGCUGCUUCGGAAGAACAACGGUAAUUACAAGCAGCCACUGGAGAGAUGCGCGCGCAACUACAAGGAUGCGAUUACACUACUCGGAAUGGCCGACAACGACUUGAACUCGGAGACGUUCUUUGAGAUUUCUGAUUUGGCUGGCAAUGCUUCCGCUGCUGCUUAUGAUUGUGAAGCUGCUUUCAGAGGAUUCCGGCCCCCUCUUCCUUUGGGCCGCCGGAAUAAGGAUUUGCAAGGUCUGUGUGAAAUCUGCGGAGUCGUUGCUAAAUUGUUUACGGGGUUAUUAUAGUAAUUUUGAUGUGUAAUCUUUAUCAUCGUCAUAAUGUUACAGUGCAUAUGUAUCUGUGUGGUCACGGAGUCUCGGGUGGACCGUUUGUAUUAUUAUGAAGUUGGUUUGUUUUGUUUGUAUGCUUCCUUCCCCAACUCAUCACAAUAUUGAAUACACUUUGUUGUGCAUUUA